GGGAAGAGUAAGUUUGUAGCCUUUCUCUCUCUCUCUCUCUUUAUCUUUUUUAAAUGCUUAAUUGGAUAACAGCCAUUCUAUUGACGCCCUUUCUUGUGAUGAUUAUUAGCUUUUUAACAAUAUUAGCAGUCAUUACAAGCACAAUUACAUCUUCAUUCAUAUUCAUUCGCCUGGCGUUUUUAACCGUAGAGAUGAUAUCAGGCCUUACUAUAGAAUCAACUAAUUGGCUACUGUCAGCUUGCCUAGAAUAUGUUCAUUCAUACUUGACACAACACCAAAAGGUACGCCGUUCAGCUACAGCCAGCCCUAGACCAACACUAAGGAAGCAGAAAUUACCACCUUCUUCACUCUAUCUCAACUCACUUUCACAUAAACCUAUUGUCAAGUCAGCCUAUUCCGUGUCUGUACCGGGUACACCAGAUCCAGAAUCAUUCCAUCACCAAAUGGCCAUAUAAUAAUUUAUUGCUGUAAUAUAUAAUAAUAAUACCCUUUUUAAGCUAUUUCUCCUUAUUUAUUUCCCAUGGCUUUGGUCUCGCUUUCAUUUGUGAUUGACUUGGUGUACCGUCAUUUAACGUGUUUGGUAUUUGUUUGAUGCCUAUU